UGUGGUGCUCGAAGAAAGGACGAGAAGAUGACCGCGUAUGACGUGCUGCUGAAGCGGCUCUUGGGCGUCAACCAGUUCUCGGCGGCCGUCAAGAUGGGCCUCCGCAACUCGGUCGCGCUCCAUGACGCCCUCGGGCAGCCGGCGACGCGGUUUGACACGGUGCACGUGGCGGGGACCAACGGCAAGGGAUCCGUCUCGUGGAAGCUCGCCAAGGCACUGGAGGCGUCGGGCUUCAAGACCGGCCUCUUUGUCUCGCCCCACGUGUCGUGCUUUCGCGAGCGCAUCCAGAUCAACGGCGAGCUCAUUUCGGAAGCCGACGUCGAGACGCACCUACCGACGCUCUUUGCGCUCACCGAGGACAAGGGCAUUCCCGCCACCUUCUUUGAGCUCACGACCAUGCUGGCGCUGCAGCACUUUGCAGCUCAAGACGUCGACUGCGUCGUGCUUGAAACCGGUCUUGGUGGCCGCCUGGACGCGACCAACAUUGUGACUCCGGUCCUCUCGGUCAUCACGUCGAUCGGGCUUGACCACACGCGUAUUCUGGGCAGCACGAUCCCCGAGAUUGCGCGCGAGAAGGCCGGCAUUAUGAAGCCCAACGUCCCGGUGGUUGUCGGGCCGCAAACGCCACAGCACAUCAUGCAGCAGCACGCGCGGAAUGCGCAGAGUCCGAUCGUGUGCGUGGCACCGACACCGGCGCACGCAAAGGACUACAACGCCGAGAACUCGGACGUAGCAUUUAUGGCGGCCGUGCAGCUCAACAUCCUUCACGGCCAGCACAAGACCAAGCUGACGCUCGACACGACGUCAAGCGCAGUGGCCAAGUGCCUGGCGUCGCGGCCGCCGUGCCGCUUUGAAGUCGUCAAGACACCGCAGGCGACUGUGGUUCUGGACGUUGCCCACAACCUUCCGGCCUUUGAGAAGCUCCUCGACCUCCUUGAGCUGAGGUACCCAAGCCAAAGUCUGCGCUUCGUCUGCGGCUUCUCGGCCGACAAGGACAUGGCUCACGUCACCGACCUCCUCACGGCCAAGACGACGCCGAACAAGGUGCAUUUCGUACAGGGCUACCACCCGCGCUGUGCGACCAUGACGGAGAUUCAAGCUGCGCUCCGGCCCUCGGCGACGGACGAUGGUUUUCACUUCCACGACGGUGAGCGCAGCGUCGCGUCGGGCGUCUCGGCUGCGAUGGACGCGGCGGCCAGUGAGAACGACGUGGUCGUCGUCUGCGGCAGUGUCUUUAUCAUGGCCGAAGCCCGCACCGCGCUCGGGUUUUCCGAGCCCAGAGACAGCGCCGAGCUCAAGGCAAUCGCUGGUGCCGGUGUCAAGACCGCGGCCCAGCGCCAGGAAAACGCCUAGUGUUGUGUACAAUAUGUACAACGUAGAUAUUGUCGUCAUUCAGCUGUCUACAGUCUCGCA